AUGGACGGUGUGCCCAAGAUGGCAAGGAGGCUAGGCAUUAGAGGGGAUGACAGUGAGCCGUUAGGCGACACCAUGGAAGAUAGGGGCGUUAAGGGAGGUCGUGGCAUGCAAGAAGGCGGCACCAAGGGAGGUAUCCAAGGCAGUGCUGAAGGUGGCACUAAUCACGCCAUGCUAGGGGACACCAAUAAUAUAGGCAGCGACUAUGGUACAGAUGUUGGUGUGCUUGGCAAGGCAGGGCACUGGCUGCGUGGGCGAGGAGACAGUAGAGGGAAAGAAAGCGAUGUUAGAGGGGAUGACAACGACCCUGAGCUAUUAGGCGAUGCCAUGGAAAAUGGGGCGAAGCCGAAUGUCUUGGAACGGGUGGUGCCCAUGGCACAUAUGAGGGCGAUGGCGCUUAUAGCGCGUGAUGGAGGCACGCUGGAGGCAGCAAGGAUGGAGACGUCGACAGAGGAAGACUGGGUGGUGCCCUGGGCAGCACUGGCCACGUCUAGGCGACGUCGGGGCUGGUCUAGGCACGUCUAG